UUUCAGUUACACAUUUUCAUAGUUUACUGCCAAUCGCAUUCCUAUCACAAAGGUGAAAAGUUAAUCCGAUAUAGGGCAUAAUUGUGUGAACAGUAAACAGUAAUAAGCAAUACUAUACCCGACUGCCCCUUCAGAUGUCCGGGCUGCUAGAUCAGAAUUAUGACCGGAUCUAAUCUCACCAAGUCUCUGGAUUAGUUGUAUAUUAUGCAUCAUGAUUAAUAAUGCCUCACCAUUGGACUAAUUAAUUUUCUGUUGUUGACUUCUGGCUGGUUGAUGCAUGUUUCUGUAAGCUCUGCUCCGUUGGCCAUUUCAACCUCAAAUCAAACCAAAUUUGUUUCUUCAUUUACACUUUAUAAGCACAUAGACAGAGCCUGAACACCACAAUACAGUACCAAAUAGCUUAAGCUAGGGGCCACCUGUGAACACUCCCAAGUUUCAUUGAGAUCAUGGGGACUAAGAUACUUAGUGCGACUACCUUUGUGUUCGCAAUUGCUAUAGCUUUAGCAGCUGUGCUACAAACCGCAGAAGCUGAAACGCACACAGUGAGUUGGAAUAAUACAGUCGGUGCCGACUACUAUACUUCCUUUGCUGCCAAUCACACCUUCAAAGUUGGCGAUGUUCUAGUGUUCGAGUUCACAACAGGACGACAUGAUGUAGCUGAACUUUCAAAGGAUGCUUAUGAAAAGUGCAACGUCACUGGCUAUAUCAGCACCCCCAAGUCCGAGGGACCAGCCAACUACACCCUCAGUGCCACCGGCGAUCACUACUUCAUUUGCCUCUUUCCUGAGCACUGUGACCAAGGCGGACAGAAGCUAACCAUCACUGUAACUGGCGAUUCUCCUCCUCCUUCAACAUCCCCACCACCGAGCACGUCAAGCACUACGGCACCGCCGCCAAAGGGCUCGACAGGCAGCUCUUCUCAUGUUGUCACCAUUUCUACUGUUUUCAUGUCCAUUGCGCUAGCUCUUUUCUGCCUCUUCUAGUCUUCAUAUAUUUAUCAACUGUAUUUCUAUGCAUUUCAUUUGGUUCAGCAUGAAUUAUUUUGGCACAAGCUAGAGAGUUUGAUCAAGAUUAUUUCUGCCCUGAUGGAUGCAUUUGGUGUGCGCU